AAUUGUACAGAAAAAAAAUGAAGUAAUUAUUAAAGAGAAACUUUAAUAACAAAAAUGGGGCAUUACGUAGAAAUUUAAGACGGUCUUCAUUAUCCUUCACUGCACAAGUUUUAACUUUCAAUAGCAUAUAAACUUUAAAUUAAAGUAUUCUUCAUUGGAUAAUAAAACAAUUUGUUGCACUGUAAGUCUGAUUUACACGGAAAAUUUUAAUGUUUCAUUUGGAAAUAUAUUGUGUACUAAAAUUAUACAUUUUGAUGAUAUUCUUUUUUUACAUCAAAGAGCUAGAUAAAAUGUUAAUUUUUAUCACUUAUCAAACUCAUUUAUCCUCUUUGCUUUCAGACGUUACAAUGAAAUCUCUGAUCAACUCCCGUGUAAAUCAGCCCUUGUUGCGCUAGCCUGGAUACACCAUCUAUCAGUGCAUCCAGGCUUCGGAUUGUUAUCUCUACCUCCUCGGGCCAUUUUAAAGAUUCCGCCCUGACUGGCAGAAAUAAAUACUUGCAUGCUCGAAAAAGUUGUUUUUAAAAGUUAUGUAGCAAUGAUUUUUCUUGUGUUGUUUUGAAAGUUGUAUGGCAGGAAUUAUUUCUGUGCUGUUUUGAAAGUUAUACAGCAAGAAUAUUCUUGCACUAUUUCAAAAGUUAUACAUAAUAUACUUGUGUUGUUUUGAAAGUUAUACAGCAAGUUAUUAUUCUUCCACUUUUACUAUAAUAAAAAAAACAGAAAAGUUAUUUUGAUAAAAAAAAAUUUAGUGUUGCGUAAAUUACUGCUUAAGCAACCUCAACCCCGGAGUAUAUUCUCUUUAAAUACAUUAAAAAUUUAACUUGAUUUGUGUUUAGUAACAACGGUUAUUGGAAAAAAAUUGACUGUAGUUACAACAUGGUAUAAAAGGCCAAAAUUAAAGUAAAAUUGUCUAAAAAAUCUGUCAUUUUUUCAUUAUUUUGACCCCCUUAAAAACCUUUUUUCAGAAAAAUUGUAUAUUAAUUAAUCCAAUACCUGGUUGCCUUCCUAAACAUGAAUUUCAUAGCAAUUACUAAAAAGGCCAUAUUUUCAAGAUUUUGACGAGCAAACAAAAAAAAUUAUGAAAAUCAAUUCACCUUUAUGAUAUCUACGCAAUAAUAAAGUUUGAAUGCACAUCCUUCAACAGGUCUGAAAUUACUGAUGACAAAAAGUGCCCAAAUUUUGUUAUUACUUAAUAUGACAUCAUAAUUUAUGCAGUAUAAUUAAAUCUGAAAUUCUUUAAAUGUGAAUAUCUUGAGAACGAAAAGAGCUUUUUAAGCUUUAUAAUAUAAGUCCAACAUCAUUCUAUACCUUCUGUUCCCUUUAAGUAAAUCAUGUUAUUGCAUAUUAUAUAAAUUAAAAUUGGGAUAUUGUGAUUUAAAGAACCGUGCUAAUUUUUAGAACCUAAAACAGAGAAGAUUUUCCUUGUUAUGUUUUUGCCAUGAAUUAGUCUUGGUUAAAUACUACUUUUCAUAUCUUUAUAUUUCAUAUUACAUUUAGUAUUAUAAGUUUGAAAAACAAACUAAACAUCACAAUGCUUUCAAAUGUCGGUUCACCAUUGAAUCCCCAGUCACCAUACAGUCCUGCCUCAACCAUAUACAGCCCAAGGUCACCAGCUGCUUUGGAACCAUAUUCAGCACCCACCACACAACCUCAUCAACCUCGACAGCGUCUGCGGCCCUGGUUGACAGAUCAAAUAAAUAGUGGAAGAAUUCCAGGAUUGGAGUGGAUUGAUCAUGCUAAAAUGAUUUUUCGCAUCCCUUGGAAACAUUUUGGUAGGCCAGGUGUCGACGAAUACAAUGAUGCUAUGCUUUUCAGAAAUUGGGCACUACACACCAAAAAGUAUCAAGAGGGACAGCCAUCCGAUAUAUCAACAUGGAAAACACGGUUUCGAUGUGCCUUGCAUAAACUGCCUGACAUUCAAGAAUUAAAUCAUUUAAACCAAGUAGAAGGGGACGAUCCAUAUAGAGUAUAUCAAUUUUGUAAAAAAGAUAAUGAACCAGACUCUGCAUCUGUUGGAUCACCUUUAAGUUUACCAAAGGAUCAUAACCCAGUGAUGUUGAGCCCUGUUACACCUCAACUUGCAGCAGAUAACUGGCAUGAUACUCUUCAGGAUGAUGAGGAUGCUAAUCACCUUCUAGAUGAUGGAUUGGUACUACCUAACAUAGAGGAUAUUGAAAAUAUGGAUCUUGUUAAUACAAUACUGGAUGGAGAUGCACAUAUGAGAUAUAAUAGCGCUGGAGCUACACUUCUACAACAACAGCAAAUGCACCACCAUCAGCCGCACCUGCAGCAUAAUGGAGUUCCAGUAUCUCAGGCUUCCAGCCAGGGAAAGCAGCGUCAGCUAACAGCGUCUGCGCUUCUUAUCAAACUGUUUUAUAAAGACCAAGAAGUUGGGGAGAAAAUUGUGGACAAUCCAAGAGGUCUUCGAAUUGCAUUUAAUCCUCCUCCACCAUUGCCAGAAGAUGUGGUAAAGGAGGAUACAACAGAAGUAGUCAGCCACAUUUUUGGCCCUUUCCAAGCAGAGCAGAUCUAUUUUCCCCCAACACCAGAUGGUAGCGCGAUGCAGAUACUUGAAUGUAUAAGAAGAGGGCUUGUCUUACAGGCUCGAAAUGGUGAGGUCUUAGCCACAAGACUAUGCCGGGCAAAAGUAUUUUACUCAGAUUCUAUGUUUCCCUCAAAAGAAGUGGAAGUUUUACCCCGUGAACAUACAACUGUCAUCUUUGAUUAUAAUCGGUUUUUACAAGACCUAAGAGCAUACAUGCUUGGACAAGGUGCAAAGCCAACAUGCGAGCGUUUUUUUUCAUUUGGGCAAAGAUGGUCACAAGAGGAGCCUCUGCGUAAAAAUUAUAUUUAUGUUAGUGUUACACAUUCAAUGGCGCAAAAACAACUUGACCAGUUUAACAAUCGACCAGAUGCACAGAUUUUAAUCUCGGACCCAAAUAUGUUGGACAUAAUUGCAAAACAAAUAGAAGAUUUAAGUAUGUCAAAUUCAGGAAAGAUGGCUCCAAAUAUUAUGUAAAUAUGCUAUUGAGAAAUGGCUAAACUAUUUUUAUUAGAAAUCAAUAAAAACGGUCACAUGAUUUCUCUCUGCUAUAAAGAUUUAACAAUCAUAUUUAUAUACACAGAGAUUCAACUGAAGGACUAUUUAGAACUCUGUUUUUGUGUUUAGUGACUUAAGUUUUUAUUUUAAUUUAGUUAUUGCCUAAAAUGAUUUCCCAAAUUUACGAUUUAGUGCAGAUAUAUGAUAAAAAGACAAGGCAUUACAAAACUUGUUAGCUUCCACAUUUUUUUCUUCUUUAAAAUGAUGAUAGGAUAUAUUUUUUUAAAUUUAAAAGUUAAGGCUUUGUUUGAACCUUUUAUUUCACUUUUUUAUUUUAUUUUUUUAAAUUUUAAAUCUAAUUUUAUAGUCUAAUGCGUGUUUUAAUUACAUGGAAAGAUUUACAACAUCUUAGCAUGGUUGUUUGUGAUCCCGUUGGCCUUCCAAAACUUGUGCUAUAAUAUAUCCCCAUAAAGUCUGUGUGCUAUCAUAGAUAAUAUUACUCUUUGUAAACAUGUCUUUACAUUUAUUUUGUUGAAGUUGAAACAUGACUCUUCUUAUGACGUAGUAAUGUUAUUUUUAAGAUGUCCAAGAAGUAAAAGUUGCAACAACUUUACGUGUUGCUAUUUUAUAAAGUCAAACUCAACUUACCUAUGCUGGUAUUGUAAUAUUUUUUUUUUUUGUAAUUUGUUGUGAGAUUUUUUUUUAUGUUUUAAUCACUGUGUCAGAUAAAAUAUAUUUUUUUUAUUUCGUAAUGCACGUAAAUAUUUUUUAAAUUCUUUUUUGUUAGUCUUAAUUUUUCCUUAUUAUACACAAAUAACACCAACAUUUUAUUUUCUAUAGAUCUACUUUGUUUAUAUUAAAAAGAAGAGGUUCCAAAAUGUUUUGUUUAUUGCAGAAAACAAAUUACUUAACCACUGCACCUAAAACAUUUAAGUGGUAGAAAUAUAAUGUGAAAAAAACUAUCAUGUAAUUAGACGGGUAGCGCAUAUCAUUGUAAACAGUGUGUUGAAGAAAUGUUGAACAAUUUUUUAAAUGUGUUUGUUUUGAAUUAAAAUUUCAAUUCUUUUUCAAGACAUCUCUAGUCUUCCUUACUGCAAAAUGGUUUGUCACUGCAAUCUGUAAAAGUCUUCAGAGAGGACAGCGUUAGAUUUACGUAUUGGUUUACUAUUUUGGUAUUAUACUGUGUGUUUUCUUUUUUUUAUUGGAAAGGGGGAAUAUUUUGCAAAGCUGUUGUUAUCUUUGUGAAAAACAAAUCAAGGUAUUACAGGAUCUUCAUAAUUUUUUUCAUUCGGUAUUAAAAAAUAUCUAUAAUUUUUUCUACUAGAUUGUACAAAUAUUCCGUAAAAUAAUUAUGAUUUAAUACGUCAUUGUAAUCUGACACGAUGCACUGUAUGAAUUAAUUUUUACAUUUUA